AUGUGUCAAAGAAGGCUUAAUGGCUUGGCUAUUUUGUCAAUGGAAAAAGAAGCAGCAAAGAGGGUGGAUUUUGAUGCAAUUAUAAAGGAAUUCGCUGAAGCUAAAGUGCGCAGGCAGAAAAUGAAUGGAUUGUUUGAAAAGUUUAUGAUUUCUUUUUUAAAUUGUUACCUAAAUACAAGUUCACUCUUUCAUGGCUUAUAAAUUGUUUUCAAUUAAAUAAAUAAAUUUCAUCUCUGAUAUUAUUUUUAAAACCGUUUUUUUUUUUUUUAUAGUUUAUUGUUGUCUGGAGAGGGCCUCAAAUUAUUUCCGCCCCGAGCCUACAGAGGCGUAAUGACGCCACUGGCCAUUUAUAAUGUGUGACUGAUGAAAACGAUUUUUAUUAGAUAAAAAUGGCAUAGAAGAAUUAAUAUAAUAAAAUAGAGAAUUACAGUUGCAAGAAUAAAAAACUAUUAUCAUUUCUAUUAUUAUCACAAUUGUAAAUAGGUAGGUACGAUAAAUGAUAAUACGAAACAUGUUCUUCCUUUUAUCCAUCGUCGGUAAGACGUGUUAUCGAGGGGUUUAACGAAUAUAUUUCGUUAGGCUAACGAAUAUUGAAUAUCUGUGAUACAGAAUCGCUUUUAUCGACAAUGUCCGAUAAGAUCAUUUUCGAUAGCCCAGUGAAAGUAUUAGACUCUAAUACUUUAAUAAUUAAAGGAACCACUAUUUCAAAUUUCAAGUACGUUGUGUAGUUUUUGAGAUAUAGCGACCAAUGAGUCAGUGUUAUUUGGAUUUUACAUACAUAUAGAUAAUCCACAUAAUAUUAAUAUAAUAUUGAUAAUCUCAAUAGAUUGAAUAAUUUUUUUUACACGCUUUUCGAUGUUUACUGUCGAACAUUCUUAACCUCAAAAUACAUCCAACCUGCAGCGUUUUUGCGGCAACCAUAGAUGUACAUAUGUAGCGACUACGCGGGAAACGUUUUAUUUCCCUUUACGGAAAUAUUGUAAUAAGCGGGAGAAUAGGAAGUUGUCCGGCCUUAUCUUCUGAGACUGAGAUAAGAUCCGUGCUCGGAGAGUAGACAAAUUUUUAUCAGACGAGUAGAGUCGAGUAUCUCAUCAUUGAACACCAAUCGUCUCUAAAUAUAUUAAUUUUCUAAUUUCGUGUAUAUUAUUCUUAAUAAUUAAUAUGUCAAUGUGGGUUAUUGUUUAUACUGUGAAUUUAACGAGUAAAAUCGUAACACUCGGUGCAUAAUAUAACAAAUUUAUUAUUCAAUUAGAAAGUAACUCAAAUAUUUUAAUUUAAGUAAUAUGUUAAUUUACAUUAUUUAAUGCCGGAGAAUAAUUUUAAUAUCAUUGUAAUACAUUUCCAGUUAUUUUACGGCCUAUAGCAACCGUAACAUAAUUUCAAGUAAAUAGAAAUAAUUCAACUUUCUAUUAGUAAUCUUGACUGUCAAUUUUGGGAGGUUUGGUAAUCACUGAUACUCGUGAUACUUGUCUGAUAAAAACUACUAUUGUCUGAUGCCUGCAGAAUGAACAAAUACUGAAGGAAAAUAAUUGUUCAAGAAUAUGUACCCACAAAUGAAAAUGAUACUAAUGUUACUAAUUUUUAUAAAAUGUUCAAACAUUUUAGAUUGUCAACAAAUUCACCACCGUCAUUUUUCGAACUCGGUUCUUAUCAUUUUCGAAUAAGUGUCAUUCACUAGAUCAUAUCAUAGAUAAUGAUAUGAUAUUUUUGAUACCAAUUAAUUUAUGGGUUAUAUUGUAUGGUUUCAGUGUAG